AUGUCAACAACAACACAAAAUCCAACAGAUGGUUCCAUUUCCAAAUUCUUAAGAUGGCUUGGAUCGAAGCUUCCAAGUUUCGACGAACAGGCAGACAAGGAACAGAGACUAGCUCUCACUGCAAAAUAUACCAAUAGUUGUCUUGUCAUAACUAUGUGCAUCAUAUGUGUUUUAUUGCCCUUAUGGACGACGUUAUCGUUGACCGGAAGAGGGUUCCAAAUAUCUCAUCGAAUCAAACAUCACAUUUUGGGUAGAAAUUCAUUUCUCCAUAAAUCUAAACUAUACCACAACAAAUCGUUUAAAAUUUGCCUAUUCUGGUUUAUCAUUACAGCUGUUUGUAGCACAUAUGAUGCCAAAAGAGACCUUCUUCAAAUAACGAAACGAAUGGGGAGAGUAGCCGUCGCAAUGAUGCCGCCGCUUCUCUUUUUAUCAUUACGUCCAUCGCCGUUACCUCGAGUGCUUUAUUUGUCAUUAUUGCCAAUACACAAAUGGAUAUCGAGAAUUGUAGUCCUUGGAUCAUUACUGCAUACAGUGUUUUAUAUUAUUUACAUGCAUAAACGUAAUGUAUUAUGGACCAAGAUUAAAAAAUUGCCUAAUAUAUAUGGUAUUGUGGCACUCAUAUUAUUUUGCCUCAUUGGGAUCUCAUCUAUUCGAAAGUUUAGAAGAUGGAAUUUUAAAUUAUUUUAUGGCAUUCAUUAUAUUUCAACCUGGUUAACUGUAAUUCUAUUAUAUCUCCACGCUCGUCCAGGAAUUCCAUAUUACACAGCAUUAAAUUGUUUCAUUUUAAUAUGUCAAAUUGCAUAUAGACUCUGCAUCACCAAUAUUACAACAGCAUCUAUCAUUAACGUUUCUCCCUCUUUAACCUUAUUUGAAUUCCCACUAGAUGAUAUCGCCUUAAAACCAAUUCUUCCCUCAGGUCAUGUUCGUAUCCAAAUUGUAGAGAAUAACUUUUUGAAAAGAUGGUUUCAUAAACUGAUACCUUUACAACAUCCUUAUACUAUUUCCAGCCUGCCAACAGAUGACACAGUCAAGCUUAUUAUUAGAAAUGGGAACUUCCCUUUGAAAAGCAAUUCAAAAUAUUAUAUAACGGGAGCAUAUGAACCUGUAUUAAAUUUUAUGAAAAAGACCAAGAAUUCAGAAACUGAAUCCAUCAUUAGAGACCCAUUUCGAAUUAAUUCGAGUCAGUUAUUGCAUUCCCCCUUAUAUUAUGCAAUAAAUGCGAGAAGAGUUUUCAUAAUUGUUGGUGGGUCGGCAAUUUCAUUUGGAUUACCCUUGUUAAGGAUACUAAACUUUAAUGGUGUCAACGUCAGAUUGAUUUGGGUAUCAAGAGAUUUCCAUGACUUGAAACUAUUGAACUAUUUUAAAAAUAACUUUGAAGGUAUGGAGAUAUAUAUUACUGGAUUUAAGGGUAAUGAACAAGAUAUUCAAAUCGAUUACAUUGAUUAUGAGCAUCAAAGGAAUAAUGAACUAUGUGCUGUUAAUAACACUGAAAAUUCUUACUUAUUAACCGAACAUGAACGUACCAGCCAUGAAAACCGUCAUUUUCAUAAAUGUAAUACUACCAACAAUUUAACUAAUUUGGCUGGUAUCGACAAUUCAGAUGAAAUUGAUUUCACCGGAAUGUUUGCCACUCAUAAACCGAAAUCGAAAUCGGACAUCAAUUUGUCCAACAAUGCAAGACAACCUUUGAUAAAUAUCAACACCAAUUUUUUCAGAGAUCCAGUUACACUUGGUUUCCCUCAAAAUGAUUCAGAAAAUUUUCAUCCCAAUGAACAAUUAGACGAGAAUCAGGAUGUGGAUAUGAAUUUAAAGAUUCCUUCCGGUGUUAAGGUCUUUUUUGGAAGACCAAUACUAGAUGAUAAAGAUUAUGAAUGGUGCCUUCAACGGGAAUGUUCUCUGGAUUCCGAGGGAAAUGUAUGUUUUGACCGAAGUAUUAAUGAUGCGGAAGAGUUGUCAAACGUGUGGGUUCUAGCGGCAGGCCCCGAUGGCCUUGUGGAAGGUACAAGAAGAUGGGCUACUGAUGUUGGGUUACGAUUCCACGGUGAAAAUUAUGCCAUUUAA